AUGGCGGCCUGCUGCUCGUUCUUCUGUCUGGUGCUGCUGGCAGCCUGCGUGAGUCGUCACCGUGCAGGCGCAGACGCAGGAUACACUACGGACCACGGCAGCCGGCUGCGCAUCAGAUGGCAGGUGUCCAUGCGAGAGUCCAGGUUGAGCAGCAAAGCGGGCCUCUCACCUCCGCACCCAAUCAGAGCUGCUAUCACUCGACAGCUGCUCUAUUGCCGAGUUGGAAUUGGCUACCACUUACAUAUCCUACCCAACGGGACAGUGGGAGGUGUCCAUGAGCCAAAUGAAUACAGCUGGCUGAAGGUGUUUGCAAUGAGGCAGGGUGUGGUGGGCAUCCAGGGGCUGAAGACUGGCCUGUACCUGUGUAUGGACAAGGAGGGGAUCUCGCGGGGGUCGGAUCAGUUCACAGCUGACUGUCUGUUCAGGGAGAGCCUGGAAGAGAACCAUUACACCACCUACUCUUCUGUCUCUCACUCGGAUUUUUACCUGGCCCUGUCCAACCGAGGAGAAGCCAAGAGGGGCAACAGUGUGAGGAAGCAGCAGCCCUGCACUCACUUUCUGCCCCGCUGGGCCCACUGA